GUUAACUUAUCCUCAGGAUUAGUUAACUGUUGACACUUCAAAGUACAAUGGGAAAUUUGAAUCAAUGAAUGAAAUCGAUAUUUCAUGCAGUCUGUUUCAGAUGCUAUUGGUUAAUAGUCGUAUCGUAUUCGCAAGCACUCGAUUUGUUUGUCCUCGCUUAGUGCAACGAUCCGUGGCUCAAGGGGUCUCGGAUCGUCCACAGUUUGACCCCAUUGUCGCUCGAAAAACAUUCAAAGAAACGCAUAACCAUUCGACGAUGUUCAAGAUCGAGAGAUACCUUUCAGUUGCUACACUACCACUUCUUCCAGCUGCUUAUUUUAUCCAUGGACCUGCUAUGGAUACCGCUUUGGCGUGUGCAAUCACGUUGCAUGUCCACUGGGGUCUUCAUGGUAUACUGAGUGAUUAUGGUCGUCCAUUUGUGCUUGGGCCAACUGCUGCAAAAAUUGUUCAGGGACCAGUUUCCUAUAUACUUAGUAUUUGUCUCCUUGCUGGUUUACUGCACUUCAAUUCUUAUGAUGUUGGCAUAACAAAAGCAUUCGAAAUGAUCUGGUCUUUGUAAGCGAAUAUUAAUCGACGAAGAGCGAUUUUUUUAUCUGUUUGUAAAUUCUUUAUCCAUUAACGGAAGAUUUUUUUACUUCUUAACUGUGCUGUCUCUGUUCCUUUGGAACUAUUGAAGGCGAAUAUUGUUUAAUUACAAAGAAUGGUUUUCUUUCCCCAAUCCAUAUAUUUUACAUUUCCUGGUACAUAAAUUGUAAUAAAGAUGUGAUUCGUGUACAGCUCUCUGCAUGAAUUGACUCUGUUUUGUUUCCUGUAUAUAAAAUCAACUUUCUGUCUAAUCGAUUCCUAAUAAAAUAAUUAGUGUGGUG